UAACUGCAGUAUAGCAACAGAAGUAAUAUUGAAGUUGCAUACAGCUUUUUUUCGGGGUUUUUUGUUUGUUUGUUUUAAGGCUUUGAGUUAUACUCCUGUAGAAGUAAAAAAUGCAGAUGAAAGAACAGAAAAAGACAUCAGCAGGUUUCUGGCAGCUGCUAGCCUCCAAGGACUUGUUCAGGAAGGCACAAUGACCUCCUUGUGUAUUGCCAUGACUGAGGAACAGCACAAGUCAAUGAUUAUAGACUAUAGCGGACCUCAGCCUCAGUUGCAUAAUGCAGGAAGCAACAGAUUCUGUGAGGACUGGAUGCAUGCUUUUGUGAAUGGUGCUGAAGGUGGAAAUCCAUUUCUCUUCCGGCAGAUUUUGGAAAACUUUAAAUUGAAGGCCAUACAAGACAUUAACAACCUGAAGAGGUUUAUCCGCCAGGCUGAAAUGAACCACUACGCCUUGUUCAAGUGUUACAUAUUUUUAAAGAACUGUGGCAGUGGAGACAUCCUUCUGAAGAUUGUUAAAGUAGAACAUGCAGAAAUGCCAGAAGCCAGAAAUGUAGUGACUGUCCUUGAGGAAUUCAUGAGAGAAACAUCAGUGGCUUAA